ACAACCACUGAUGGGCCAAAUGGCCUCCUGUAGUUUUGUAAACUUUCAGAUAUUCACAUUCAGGAUUCUAAGGUAAUCUAUAUCUCUGAAAUACUUCAUAGUGCUACAUUUUAAAACAUGGUGAAUGCAUUGACAGAAGUUUUGACUAAAAGUAUCUUUCAAUGCCCUAAAAGCAUUUUAAGUAACAGAAAAAGACUUUUAUUGAAUUUCUGAAAGUUUCCCUUUUUAAUUAGACACGAAGGUACAGUAAAACUAGGAAUAGACAAUUGUUUCAACGUAUGUCUUGGAAUAACUCUGUGGGUAAAUAUGUUGAGAACACAGUGUGGGAUUGUAAAUAUCGGUUUCUUAUCGAGUAGAUCUUGCAGACUAAUUCAUGGGAGUCUGUUAUGCAAUAAUGAUUUUAAUAAGCUCACCUGUAAUUAAACAAAGACUGCAGUAAAUUGUUUGAAGUCUAGCAAGUUUAAAAUGAAAUAGUAGUUUGGCUGUAUAACCGACCUCAACACAGCUUAGCAAUUAAACUCGCAUAUUUGAUCUGAGGAGCCCUUUCCCCCCGAGAGGCUGUGCCGUGGUCUUGUUCAGGCUGUAUGAUGGAGGUGCUGCUAAAAGUUUUGGAUGAGCUGCAGGAGCCUGAAUUUCGGAGGCUGAAGAGCAAGCUCUCUGAGCUGGCUGUGGACGAAGGCUACGACCGCAUUCCCCGAGGACCUCUGGAGCUGGCCAGCAAGGAGCAGGUAGCCAGCCUGCUGCUGGAUUACUAUCCAGAGGAUUACGCUGUGGAGCUCACACAACAUGCCCUGAAGGCGAUCAACAAGAGGAGGCUGUGCUGUGAUCUUGUGAAACAUUUGGCUGCAGCAAGAAACACCUGUUUCACCGUGAAACCCGCUGAAGCAAUUCGAAACCACAGCUGUCACUUAUCUUGGGUUUUCAGAACCGUGCUACUGUUCACAACCUGGUAUUUAAGAAACAAGAAAUCAUGAAAACAACUUGAGGAUAAAGACACUUUUACACCGUCUUACAAAUGAACCGUCAACAGCAGAACCAGCACGAUAUUUGAGCUGCAUUUUUUUGUGUGAAAUAAAUUGAAAUACUUCAA